AUGUUAUAUUCAAAUUACACAUUAAAAUAGAUAAAAAUUAAUUUUUUUACUCCCUAAAGAGAUUUUUUUGGAGUGAAUUUUUCUGAAUUCAUGUUGUAAUUAUUUAAUGAAAUUCUUAAGUAAAAAAUUUAUAUUAUUGAAAUAGAAUAUCUAAGAAUAAAAAUAUAGAUGGAAUUCUGUUUUUAUAAUUAAUACAAGAUAGUCUUAAUUAUAUUUAAUAGAGUUGCAAAGAAGCAUAAGAUUAUUUGAUAUUUUUACAUAAUAUAAAAUUGAUUGCUAGUUAAAUCAAAGACUUAGCUUAAAGUGUAUAUUAAAAUUCAAAGAAAUAAAAAAGUUUUUAAGAAUUUGCUGAACCCAUUUAAUAAUAAAUUAAUUGA